UUAGGACUGACCAGAGUAGCAGCCAAUUUAUAAUCUAAGUUUUUAGUCAUCACUGACUCAAAAGCACAAGGAAGUCUACAACUGCUGACUAAGAACCAAAAGUGGAAUUAUAACAUCAGUAGUAUUUUUGACCACCAUGAUAUUAUGGUACGAAAAUGAUACAAAAAAUGCACAAUCGGCAAUAAGAUGACCAAGAAGCCUGCUCGAAGUCGCGCCAAAGACAACUCCUGUGACGAUGGCUCCUGUUAACCUAAACGCCCAGGACAGCUCCUGGAGGCUGGUCCUUUGCGGUGCUUCCGCAGUCCUCGCAGUGGUAAUGGCGGGAAAAAGUGGUCUGACGCUUCGCGAGAUACGUUCCCUGUGGAAAAGAAGUUUAAGUGUAAUUAUACGUGGCCUGUGGAGUAGAAAUUUCCGAAUGCUUGACUAGUAACGUCGUCAAUACCACUCGCUUGACUAGUAACGUCGUCAAUACUCCUUCAAUUUAUUAUCGAGCCCUUCUUCGGAAGUGAAGCAUGGUAUUAAAUGGUCCGCUCGACAGUUUCGGCGUACUGAUCUGGGCAACAUUCCACUCCACUCGCAUGAGAAGAAGAGCGCCAUGAAUGUCACCAGCAAAUAUUUGGACUACAGGCGUUUUAUUUUUAAACUACAAACGUUAACGUAGAUGAGGAGGUACUCAUUAGCAGUAGUAGUACACGAUUACAAACCAUAACCAUUUAAAGUAGGCUUUUUAGACUAACAACAACAAACAACAAACAACAACCACCUCUAGUAUAGGAACAAUCAUCAUCAUCAUCAACAUCAUCAUCAUCAUCAUCAGACUAGGUACAUAGAAGAUGAGUUGUAGUAGUACUCAACACGACAGCUGCAUUAGACGCCCUAAGACUUCUAAGUCAAAUCUUGGAUCGCUUCUGGGCGGCAGGAUAUAUAGCCAGGAUUGCUUUUUCUGGCGAGACGCCUCGAAGUGCAGAUGGCUUUUACGCUGGUCCCAUUUGCGCACGACGAAGGCAUGUUCUGCCGGAAGGAGAGGUAAGAGAAUAUCAUGGGAGUGUUAGUUUUACAACGCGACUGAUUAAUUGUAAUGUAUCAUGCGUUUCGCUGCUGCACAUCGCGCAUGAUACUAGAAGAUGGUCCACGAGUCAUGAUUUCAAUAUUCAGUGUUUAUUUUCAGCGUACCCCAUCAAGCACUGUCAACAACAAAUUGUGCGAGAAGACCACAGCACUACUGGUACAACUACGAAGAUACUAGAAGAUGUUGCGAAUGUGAAUGAUCGAGGGCAAUAUCAUGGUCCUUAACCACCUAAGAGAUUAUAGUUGUAAUGUCUCUUACGAACAACCGUUACGUUGAACUGCGACCCCGGGAGAGACUCAAACAUGGCACAGCCACCCCCUUUCAAGAUCAAGUAGUUGCUAGUGGUCUCUUCUUAACCCCUGGAGUGGGUACAUUCAUUAAUUAAGUACUUGAACACCACCUCGUGCUAGGUAAAUGACCACCCCAUCUCAAUCACCAUCUCUUAGUGCUAGGUACUUGAACACCACCCCAUCUCAAUCACCCUCAGAUCCGAGCAGGCGGUUUACAAGAUGGGGGCUCAUUUUUUUCGCUCUCUUCAAUCUUAGGGAACAAGAACUGGCGUCACCUUCUCUGGCUAGAGUGGAAUCGCGUACGCAAUGUCCUAGCAUUUCCAGCACAAAAAGUAAUUCUAAUUUGUAGAGAGCAGAAAGCACUAGUAUACGUGGAUGAGCUUUCUUCAUAUCUCUACUAGAGAGUAAGCAGGUUCUCCACCAGCGCUCGUUCUAGAUACCACAGAUAGAUCAACUCUUCAUUACAACAUGGUAGAUGCAAACCAGUGCAAUGACUCCCAGGUCGAAGAACGUUGGCUCUAUGCUGGGGGUCCUUUAGCGCAUGUGAGGACUCAGCAACAGAUCGGCACCAUGAUGGAACAGAUGGAUAAGGCGUUUGACGAGGUGGGAGUGCAUAGACAACAUUUUUAUGGUGAUUGGACAACUGUGUAGAUUUAGCAUUUUUAUGAUGAUUUGAGUGUGUGAGAGUGUCUUUUGGUGGUUUUGGACAUCCUAGUUUAGUAAAUGUUGACAUUGCGUUUGCGUAUCCGCAUCCUCUCAAUGCAUUUCGAGUAGAUCAUUUCCGCAGGAGAUGUUCUAAGCAAUCUUAAUCCGAACAUCGUCUAAUUCCGAGUCCUACUCGGAGGUGGUCAUAGCCACGUGCACGUCCUGAAGAUGUUGGCGAUGCAGCCGUUGCGCAACACCCGGGUGACAUUGAUCUCCAAGGAUGUGAUGACUCCUUUUAAGGCUUGCUUUAAUUCAAUUGCCCUUUUCUCUUUUCUAUCUUCCUCUGGUCUUUCUUUUUUCUAGGUAGGUCGGCUCCGCCACAGUUAUUAAGGGUAGGCUAAAGGUGCUUGGGUUACCGCUUGUUAUGGCUCUCCGAAGGGGGACAGCCAUAACAAGCGGGAUAAACGAACACCCAAAGCCUACCUCUAAAGUUAGGUCGGCUCCACCACAAUUAUAGAAUAUUUAGGAAGCAUGACUAACUCCACCACAAUUAUAGAAUUUAGGAAGCAUCCUUUUCCUUUCUUGGACCUCUUCAGAAGUAUCCUUUUUCUUGACCCCCGAUGGUAAAUAUUCAAGGGGGCGAAAUAAUACAGACUUUCAAGGUACCUGAAUUGGAGUACCUUUUUUUUUGCCUAACUGACUCUAACCCUUACUCUGGCAUGCUCCCGGGUCAUGUCGGUGGCAUGUACAGCAAAAGGGAGGCGCACUUAGACCUAUUCCGUCUAGCACGAUUCGCACGUGUCCGGUUUAUUGUUGGCGAAGUCGAAAAAAUCGACUUCGGAAACCGGGAGUUACACUUGAAGCCGACACGCAAUACGGUUCAGGGUGAAAUUCGCUAUACCACUCCUGGAGAUCAUGGGGAAGAAGUUUCAAUAACGAGUCCUAUAGAUGGCCAAAUAUUAAGGCUCUCGAUAAUCCAUCUUUGCCGUCAUCCCUGAAAGGUAUGAGUGCGUAGCUGGCCCCCUCCUGAUACUCUUCAAGGAUGCAGCUCAAAAAUGAAGUGCGGAGAGGUCUAAAAGUAGGAGGCCGAGGCCCGUCUUCAUCCACGCGUCCUCCUGUGAAAUUCGACGUCCUAUCGAUCAAUGUCGGUUCGGUACCAGAGAUGCCCAAUGAUAACCUUGCGAAAAGCGAACACAUAACCGCAGUGAAGCCGAUCGACAGACUGAGCAAUGCCUGGACGAAAGUGCAAAAACAAGACUUCAAAAAGAUUUGCAUCGUAGGCGGCGGCGCAGCGGGAGUGGAAAUGGCUUUCGCGAUGAAUCAAACGCUUAAUUUUGAUAUUAAGGCUUCAUGGAUGGGUUCCUUGCGGGAAUUGUGUCGUCCCGCUCCCGCUGGUCAUCCUAGGGAUGCCAAUCAAUCAAAACAAGAUUCUCAGGACGUGGUAGACGAAGAAGAGAACUCUCUUUAGCCUUAGUACAAUGAAUGUCCAAUGUCCUUGUUUCAUCCUUGCAGACAUAGCCUCUAAUCGUAAUUGCAAAGGGAAAGACGACAAGAAAAAUCCUGUACAGAUUCUCCUGUUGCAUACUGGUGAGGAACUGCUGCCAGGGCAUGGCGCCCCAGCUAGGAAGCUUGUGACAGAGCUCUUAGCAGAGAAGCAGAUUCAAGUACACACGGAUUGUUAUGGCUGUAGGCUGUGACGUGUCUGUGUGCAAAAAAACAGAAGUGGUUUUUCUACAUCGUAGAUUGAAGAGUGUGCAAAAAAACAGAAGUAGUUUUUCUACAUCGUAGAUUGAAGAAGAAGAAGAAGAAGAAGAUUGUAGGUGUAAAAGAACUACAAGCAGUAAGAAUAGGCUCAGGUACAACUUUGUCGGCAGUGCUAACUCCCCACUGCGGACAAAGUUGUACCUGAGACAAAGCAGCUAGUAACGAAAGAGGGCGAACGGUUCAAGUUCGAGCAUUGUAUUUGGUGUACCGGAGGUCGGCCGCCAGUCUUUCUCACGGACUCGUUGAAAAAACACCGCUUCCUGCAGGAUGAAAAAGAUGGAACUCUGCUCGUUAACACGCACAUGCAGUCAGUGUCCGACCCAGAUGUUUUUGGUGCGGGCGAUUGUGUCACAAUAGAAGGACACAAGAGGCCGAAGUUAUGGAUGACUGGACUGGGACUUAAAAAUUGGAUGUAGUAAGAAUAUCUUCAUAGCAGGACUGAAAAGGUUGAGAUUAUUUUGAGGCUUGAUUUUUUUGAGGCUUGAUUUUGUGAGCGCUAACAAUGAGAUGUUGAUGCUUUUCUUUGCGACUCAUACACGACCUUUCCAAUCUCUUCUAACAACAGCCGGCGUUUUCGCUGUGAUGGCAGGGAUGACGCUGUUCAACAACUUGCGAAUCCAUAUGGAAAACAAACUCUCUAGUCCUUCUACAAAGAAGCCCUUCGAGAACUAUUUUCCCCAGACUUAAGGACUGGAAGUUGGCCUCUCUAUGCGCAUCGCUAUGGCUCCUCCAAAUAGGACGAAAGGCCUAAAUAUGCGGGCUAGAGAGGUCACCCUACUAAACCCCUAACAGAAGGAGUGGCUAGGCUUGUUGAAUCUGUGCGACGGCACAGCCUUAGCUAGUCGCGGAGAGAAUCUAGCUGUGCGUGGAUCGUGGUUACUAGAACUGAAAGACUACAUCGACCGAAAAUGGAUGGCGCAGUAUGGUGGUGAUGGACUGCCGAGAAUGUUACCGGAACUGAAUUUUGGUAACGACGGUGGUUUAGCUGAGUUUUUCAAAAGUUCAAGUUCAACUUCUGCUUCCGACCGCAUCCGCAGGUAUCUAAACUUAAGGCUUCCCCGCAUGACCGCAUCCGCAUUCAUCUUUGGAAGCUGCAUCCUGCUGAAGACGCUUUUUUCGAGUGAGAAAUGAGUGUCCUCCCAGGAUGUUGUACCUCGAAAACCAUGAAAAUAACCGAGUUACUGACUGAAAUAUGGGAGGUAGCUUUGACGGGGCUACUCUUCCUUGUUCAGUAUCUCGCCUCUAUAUUUUUAAGUAGUUACUCGCUUAUUUCAGUUUUUCGUAUUCCCGCGAGCAGCUCUAAUAAACGCACAAAAUGAACUAGUCGGCGAUCCCAGUAUGAGAUGUGGCGGAUGCGCUUGUAAAUUGGGUGGGCAAGUACUGAAAAAGGGGUUGGGGAAGACUUCUAGCACUUCUACAAGAGAUCAUUUAUCCAGUACGUCUAGAUCAGCUUUCGGCAGGAUAGAAGAAGCAGUCGGUGAAGAUUGUGCGGUGAUAUCGUACAAUACGAACAUUACAACGACGGCAUCAGCAGAAACCGAGGACGAAAACGCGUCGCAGAUGACGACCUACCACACUUAAGGCUCGUGUAUCACUAUCCCAUGUGAACUUCUAUUCUGAGUCAUGAUGAACGAUGGUAGCAGGGACAACAGCAUGCGUGUGCAUGCAUGCUGAGUGGAGUAGCUUGCCCUUCAUUUAAAGGGGAAGCUAAGGGGAAAAAGAAAAGGGGGAUAGUGAAGCACUACACCUUUAAAACGCAGUCGACUUCUUCAAAGCGGGAGUUUUAGACAUAGACCCUUUCGUAUUCGGACAAGUGAGCGCUCUACACUGUCUGAGCGAUCUCAUUGCUAUGGGAGUGGUGCUGGAUAAGGGGGGAGGAGCAAGUUAUGGAUGAAAUUUCGAAAAGCAUUGAUCUAUGACGCCCUUAAGGCAGUCUGCUAUUACUCUGAACAGCAGAUUGGUUGUUGCGAUGCACCAGUCUUUUAGUAUCUCUCUAAUCCAUCUCCGGAACUGGCGCUUCCCACGUGACCGCACUGUCUACCUGUGCCGUCCCUUUGGCUUCCGAACCUCUACAAGCCGACGACUUUGCGAUGUUGUCUCAGGGUGCAAGGUCUCUUUUCAGUGACUACGACACCCAAAUUGUCGGAGGACACAGUAUAGAGGGCGACUUAGCACUGGGUUUCACGGUCAAUGCAGCGAUUUUUAUGGCAAGAUUUUUAGAAUAGACCUGGAGGUAUAGAGACAAGGCCGAUAAAACAUUGUAGUCCAUUUAGCUGAAGAAGGCAGUGGUUAUUUGAUAACUGCUUCUAGAAUUCCUCAAAAAGUCAACUAAGUACUUAUGAAAGGAUCUGGAUGUGUAUGCAACCCGUCCAGUACUAUGCCCUUCUGAAUAUUUCAUCUCUCUAACUCCAUAAACAAGAAGGACAAGCAAGCAAACCCCAGCAGUGCAGGAAACACUAGUAAUACCAAUAGAAUCUGGACCAAAGGCCGCGCCGUAAGGGAUGGCGACCUUAUAGUAGUGACCAAGCCUCUUGGUACGGGUAUAAUACAAGCGGCAGUCAUGCGGAACGCUUGCGCUGGAGACGUCUACCUCAAUUGUCUCCAAUCGAUGUUGACACGGAACUCGGCUUUGGUUGUGGUAUGAACGGAGAGACUCUUUGAGAGUGUCACUUUCUUGCUCGUGUUGAUGAAAUGACGAUAUUUUGUAGAAGAAAUGUACAAAACUUGUUGGAAUUUCUUCAUGAACACAGAGAAAGAGAACCCAGAGAGUUUGUUAUAUAUAAGAACCCAGCGGAACACCGACCCUAUAGCAUUUCUUCUCCGUGCAUCUCUCGAUGCAUUUCUGAACCACCACUGGCCCGAGUACAUGACCAGAGGACAACUAGGACAACUUAAACCCUGUACUUUUAUUUUCAUGCACCUUUUUCCCAUCUUUCAUACUCUUCGAAACUACAAGAGUGCGUAGCAAAAUUGCAGAAAAGGAGCGCCGACGAUGAGGUUGGAGUAACUGGUUGCACUGACAUUACUGGUUUUGGCUUUCUAGGACACUUACUAGAAAUGCUGGGAUCUUCUUCGAGCGCAAGCACAACUACAAUUACGGCUAUUAUCUUGAUGGCGGGAACGUGGAGGGGGUCGUCAUCAUUCAAGGAUUCUUAAAGCGACCCCCUCGCACCCAUGACCCGCCUCCAGAUGUAAGCUCUAUUACGAGAAGACCAAUAGCAGAAAUCGAUGUUUCUUCUGUGCCUAUUUUAGAAGGUGCAUUAGACUUAGUUUCGGACUAUGGCAUCCUGAGUUCUCUCUUCCCGAAAAACCUUGCUUUGGUGCAUGAAGAAGUCGAAGGGCUGAGGCUUAGACGAGACGAAAAAAGCAGUUGUGCUGAAGGCAGUGGGAAGAUGUCAGCUUACGAUGAUCAAGAAGGGACGUCGACUUAUAACCCGAACAAGAUAUCGCGUGAUCAUAGUGUUUGAGCUUUUUGAGUACUAAAUCCGAAUUCAGCAGCGAAGUCACCAAAAUUACGACUCAUUCAUCCACCCUCAACCUCAUGCCUCUAAAAAGCGUUCCAAGCGACCCCCGACUUCGCCCUCAUCGAUCCGCAGACAUCAGGCGGCUUGCUGCUGACGAUGUCACCUCAGGUCUACGCGAUGGCAAAGAAUGAUAAAGACGCGGGCAGCUCGAUGUUUCUGCAAGUAGUCGGGAAGAUCAAGAUGUCUUCCGACGGGGAAACAGAGAGGUCGAAAAAGGUUCGGCUAAUCUGGAAGGGUGCUUGAUUAAGUGAGAUUGAUUGAGGUUAGCUUGAUCAAGAGAGCUUGAUUGAUGGAAAGCAGCAAAGCAAAUCUUCCAGGUGUGCAUCUUUAGCCGAACAGUUUCCGUAAUCAUAAACAGCGGAGCAAUUUGGAUCAUUAUAUCCGUGCGCAAGUAUUAUUCUUUUCGAGCAAAAGUAGAGUCAGACGCCAUAACGGAGGGUUUGAUUAUACUUGUUCUUCCGACGACUUUAUUUGUUCAGAAGACGUGCUACAACUACUACGAGUGAUGUAAACAAAUCCAGUGCAGCCAAGUGCUAAAAGUAGAUAGAGGCCAGUCCCAGUCCUAUCCAAAGUCCAAAGCAAACUUUACAACUCUUACGCGACAUCAGUCGUGCACUAAUACGAUGAGAAAGUACACAUCAACAGUACAAGCCAAUCAAUAUUACUCAAUACAAAGAGCCGAUACAAAGAGCGUAGUACUAUACCAACAAUACGAAGAGCUUAUAUGUAGUACAAACAGGAGAGCCCGGAACAAAUUCUGGGAGACGAAGCUACAACACGGUGCACCACUACUCCAUACAGUAAGGUGUGCUACGUCAAUUCUGUUAUUCAGAUCUUCAGAUCAUUCUUGUAAAGGGGAGUGUUAGGAAGGAGCGUGAGGAGUACUUGUUCAUGAAGGAAGACGUGGACGACUACACUUCUACUGAAGAAACUACGCUUAUUGUUGGCUGGAGGCUCGAAGACUCAAGCACGUUUUUUACUUGAGAAGAUGAUGCCCCAAUUGUAGACUUACUUGGAAUAGACACCAGUUCCAUUAUCGUUCCUGUGACUGCGAACAAAUAAAGAAUGACAUGAUGUCACUUGUAUUGCAGAGGCCUUUUCUAUCUGCCAUUGUCCUUUCAGGGACUGUCCUAUGUUACAGAAGAUUUUGUUAACGAAGGAUGAGCGUGCGGGGAUCCUGGUCUUCGCUGAAGCUAAAGCCCGAGCUGGUUUUUUCUUGUUUGCCAAAAGCUAAAGCUAGGCUAGCUCAGCCAAGCGAGGCGCAGGCAAGCGACGAGGAGGAUAUGGGUCGGAGUACAUGAUUUUUAGGGAAGCGAGGACCAGGAGGACAACAGUUGAAAAAUAUGAUAGUUACUAGAGCACCUCUAUAUGCAGAUAGGAGGUAGUAGAUUGUAUUCGAGGAAGUAGUAGAUUGUUUACUGUUAUUAGGAGGUAGUAGAUUGAUGUUUUCAAGAAGAUGAAGAUUAGAGCAGAUUUUCUAGGAGAUAAAGCCGCCAAGUUUAACGUAAUCGUUUUUUCGAAUUUUUACUGGGAUGAAGUCCAUCAAUUUACUGUUUGCCCACGGGUUCAUUUUACCUCGUAUGCUUCAAGGUUCAUUUUACCUCAAGAAGAACUCUUCCGUCUUUCUUCUACCUAGAUGAAUGCCUCAAGAAGAACUUCGACUUGUUCUAUCAAUCGAGAGACGAAUGGCAUUCCUCGAAUGGCAGUACAACUUCUCUACGGACCACACACAAUACAACUGUAGAGGUUACAGCAUUGCAUUCAUCAUAAGCAUCCUUGGCUUUUUUCAACUAAGCAGAAAAAAUGUUCUCAGGAAUGUUCUCAGGAAUGCAAUUGCGUAACCUCUAAAGAAGAAGGUCUUCGGAGAAUCGAAAUAGAAGUAGAUCUUGUGCGAGUAAUGAAUUAAUGAAUGAAGAU